AAGAUUCAGACGAAAAUUCUCAGGAUAGUAAUACUUCUGAUUUAAAUAUGACCACAAUACCAGAAUUAGCUGAUGCCAUAGAUGGCUAUUUAGAUAAUACUAGAAUAAACAGCUCCGUUCUAGUCAACCAAAUAAAAAGAGCUACAAGGCAGAUUCGACGUAAAUAUACAAAUCUCCAAACUGACCAAAUAAAUGAGCAACGGGUAAGGUACAAUGUUGAGGCAGAGCGGGAUAAUGCCUUGAAUGAUCUUAACAUGAUGAUUACUGUAUAUAACAAUGAAGUAAAAGAAUGA